GCCGGAGCCGGAGGAGCGGCGGCGGAGGGGAUGGAGAAGUACGAGACGGUGCGGGACAUAGGGUCGGGCAACUUCGGGGUGGCGCGCCUCAUGCGCAACCGCGACACCCGCGAGCUCGUCGCCGUCAAGUGCAUCGAGCGCGGCCACCGGAUUGACGAGAAUGUGUACAGGGAGAUCAUCAACCACCGCUCGCUGCGCCACCCCAACAUCAUCCGCUUCAAGGAGGUGGUACUGACGCCAACAAAUCUGAUGAUCGUCAUGGAGUUCGCAGCAGGUGGGGAGCUGUUUGAGCGCAUCUGUGAUCGUGGGCGGUUCAGUGAGGACGAGGCCAGGUAUUUCUUUCAGCAGUUAAUCUGUGGUGUGAGCUACUGCCAUCACAUGCAAAUAUGCCAUAGAGAUUUGAAGCUGGAGAAUGUUCUCUUGGAUGGCAGCGCAGCUCCUCGCCUCAAAAUAUGCGAUUUUGGCUACUCCAAGUCGUCAGUAUUGCAUUCAAGGCCCAAAUCAGCAGUAGGGACGCCAGCAUAUAUUGCACCAGAGGUGCUAUCUCGCCGGGAGUAUGAUGGAAAGCUUGCAGAUGUAUGGUCCUGUGGAGUGACUCUUUAUGUCAUGCUUGUGGGAGCCUACCCAUUUGAAGACCCAGAUGACCCCAAGAAUAUACGCAAGACCAUUCAGAAAAUAAUGUCCGUGAGUUAUACUAUACCAGACCAUGUCCACAUAUCCAUGGAAUGCAAACAGCUUAUGUCCCGUAUCUUUCAUCAAAGUCCAGCGAGGAGAAUCACAAUGAGGGAGAUAAAGAGUCAUCCAUGGUUCUUGAAGAACCUGCCAAGGGAGCUGACGGAGACGGCGCAAGCUAUGUACUACAGGAGGGAUAAUGGCGUUCCUUCUUUCUCGGAGCAGACUUCAGAAGAAAUCAUGAAGAUUGUCCAAGAGGCAAGGACUAUGCCAAAGUCAUCCAGGCCAAGCUAUGGCUGGGGUGACGAGUGUUCAGAUGACGAGGAAGACAAGCAAGAGGAAGACAGGCCAGAAGAGAAGGAGGAGGAAGAGGAGGAUGAAUAUGAUAAGAGAGUCAAGGAGGUUCAUGCAAGCGGGGAGCUCCGCAUGAGCUCGCUACGCAUAUGAAGAAGUAUGCGGAGUAAGUUACUUGUAGAUAAUCGGCUCAUCAUGGAACUGCAGCACUGGAUGUGGUAUAUGCAAUUUUUGCUGGAAGUUUGCUUCUGUUUGGUUUUCCUUCCUGUGUAACAUAAUUUACCUGGACAUGGCGACUUCAGUGGUCUGGUAUUUGGUUAUUGACAGAAACGAUUGUACAUAUAAAGCGUGUGCUUAUGUGCCCCCUGAGAAAUAGCUAUGCAGUUCAUGUUUAAAACAUGGAGUUUAUAUA